CGAGUUCAGAGUUGAAAGUCAUACUGCAGCCUUCUCCAGCAUGGCGGUCCUAGCGGGACGCAGAGCUCUUGUCCAAGCGCUUCGCGUGCAAGCGGCGGACAGCGACAGUGUCUGCAGGUUCAGUCAGACCUGCAGCGGCUACAGACGGUAUAGUUGUUGUUGGACUGAAUCGGCCCAAAGCUAAAAAUGCCAUCAGCAAAAAUCUAGUGAAAAUGGUGAGUCAGUCUUUUUCGCGUUUUGUUUUUAAUAAAUUGAUGAGCGGAAACUGUCAACAACCUUGUCUUUAUUUCCCAUGUACCCUUCAGUAGGUUUCUCUUCUUCUUCUUCUUCUUUUCCUUUUUAGCAGUUUUGUGUUAGCCAAAACCAGUUUAUUUAAUUGAACGACUAUAUAAAAUUCCCUUCUCUUCAUGUCCAUUACUUGAAGUCAUAAACAUGUCAUGUUUAAAGAAAGAUUUUGAUUCCAAUAACUAACAGUAACGUUUUUCUCUAAGAGAUUUUUGUGUACAUGAUAUUUUUUACCGUAUGAAAUUCAGAUAAGUGAGACCAAGGUAUUUUAUUUGGCUGCUCCUCCUCACAGAUCAAAGGUAACGCCAAACAGUAGUUAACCACGAGUGUGUGAUGACGAUUGUGGCUUUCGACAGCAGGAUUCUACAUUCAAGUGAACAAGGAUGUUUCAGAGACAGUUAUAACAGCAACUGUUCAAAACGAGAUGAGAUGUACUUGACAUACAUCACAUGCAUCAGGCAACAUCAUUUUGUAAAUUGUGCACAUGUGGCAUUUGCUGUAUUUUCAUUUGUAUUCCAGAUGUCAGAAACUGUCGAGGACAUUAAGAAAAAUAACAAAGUUCGCAGUGUGAUCUUGUGCAGUUUAGUUCCCGAGAUCUUCUGUGCAGGUGCAGACCUGAAGGAGAGAGCCAAGAUGCACCAGAGUGAAGUGGGGCCGUUUGUGACGAAAGCCCGAGCCCUCAUCACAGAACUUGGUAACCUGCCGAUGCCAACAAUAGCAGCGAUUGAUGGUGCAGCGUUAGGAGGAGGCCUGGAGAUGGCGCUCGCCUGUGACAUUAGAAUCGCUGCCAAUAAUGCGAAAAUGGGUCUGGUCGAGACAAAACUUGCCAUCAUACCAGGAGCAGGUGGGACGCAGCGUCUCCCCAGGGUGAUCGGCGUGUCUCAAGCUAAGGAGCUGAUCUUUGCUGCACGGGCAAUAGAUGGUACCGAAGCUCUCCGCCUGGGUCUGGUCAGUCAUGCAGUGGAGCAAAACAAGAGUGGCGACGCGGCUUAUCACAGAGCCCUGGAGCUGGCCAGAGAGAUCAACCCUCAGGGUCCCAUCGCUGUCAGGAUGGCAAAGCUGGCCAUCAACCAGGGAAUAGAGGUGGAUUUAGCCACAGGUCUGGCCAUUGAAGAGGCCUGCUAUGCCCAAGUGAUACCGACAAAAGACCGAUUGGAGGGACUGGCUGCUUUCAAAGAGAAGAGACGACCUCACUUCAAGGGCGAGUGAGUCUGCGCUCAAGCCGAAAUCCUUCCAAAACCUGCCUUACACUCUUCUCUACCACUGCUUCCAAUAUACUUAGAAGUCAAACUGUACAUUUGUCAUGUGACGCCGGAGUGGAGGGCUCCAGUGCUCACCCACGGUGGUUAGCUUUGACUUCUUAAUCAAGAGCCAUCUUACUAGCAUGAGGAGCUGCAUAUGAAUGCUGUUUAUCGUUUAUACUAAUCUACUUUGGUUUAGUUUGAAUAACAAUGCACUGUGGGCAAAAUAAAGAAACUAAUCUAUGGACAUUCUAACAGGCGUCUGUUCCUGGCUUCACACUACAGUGAGGAGAGAUUGCUUUGGUAAUCAUUGUUUUGCAUCGUCUGAUGUGAAAAUGAGGAAUAUGACAUCGAACUUGUGAUCAGAAAUAUCUUGGGUAUUUGCUCUAACAUCAUGAACUCGUGAUCUACUAAGAAAUGGAACCCGUUAUGAUGCCUUUUCUUUGUACCGUUUGUGUUUUUGUCUGUCACAUCAAUGAAGCCUCAAGCAGCUUUGUAAAAACACUACGUGAAUAGCGAGUGUACAGUCACAUGUCUGUAAAUAAAAAAUAAAAGAAAUCCCAGGACCGUCGAUAA